AUGGCGUCCGAGGUGCAGAAUUCAAACCCGACCAUAUUGAAUGUUGCCGAUCUCCCCACUCGAUUGGGUUCGGCUACAUUGAGCAAGGCAGGCACAGACAGAGCCGAGAAUCUUGCAUCAAUCUUUCCACCGUCUGCAUAUUCAAGUGAUUGGCACACCGCUCUACACUCAUCUUCUGAUUCUAGCGACGAAGAAGAGGAGCGAGAAGAGCCGAUUGAUGAGCAAGAAAUUUAUGAUCUCAUAUCGUCAAUUUCCGAUCCAGAGCAUCCGAUAUCUCUAGGAGCACUGGCUGUUGUAUCACUUCCAGAUAUUGCUAUAAAGCCAACACUCCCCGAUGUGCCUGACUCAUCUCUUCGGACAGUAUCUGUUCUUAUAACACCAACGAUCACACAUUGCAGCCUUGCUACAGUAAUAGGCCUUGGUGUACGUGUUCGGCUUGAGCAAUCACUCCCGCCACGGUUUCGCGUGGAUGUGCGAAUUAAAGAAGGCUCUCAUAGCACAGCUGAUGAGGUGAAUAAACAAUUAGCUGAUAAAGAAAGAGUUGCCGCUGCGUUGGAAAAUGGAACACUUAUGGGUGUUAUUGCAAAAAUGCUCGAAACGUGCCGAUGA